AUGUCUUCCAUGUUUGAGAGAGCUAUCAAGAAAUUGGUCAAAGAGAUUGGAGACCAGGAGCUCAGACCUGUCAAAUGCUUGGAGAGCACCACCAAGAUACAUCGGUUUUCUCUAAUACGGAGGAAGAAGGCUCGCUCUCUGUUUUGGCAACUACCUGAUAUCCCACUUGGCAUCUCCCUCAUGCACAUCCUCAAACCAGGUUCUUGGGUCCCAGAUGCCGCUGUGAAAGUGCCUGCCCUGUUCAGUGGCACCAUGGUAUGGAAGCAGCAGGCGGCUGGGAACGUGAAUGCUGGGGCAGAAGCAGGCUUCUUGGAGGAGACGACUGUGUGUCAAAAGUCCUCCCUUGAGUACCAGAUUGUUAGCACCCCACAGGAAACCUGGACAGAGCUUCAGGAGAGGAAACUGCUGAAACCAGAGCCGCUGUUCCUGAAGCAAUGCCGGGAAGCAGGGAUGAAUCUGUAUGUUGUGACCGACACCGUGGAGCUGCUCAACGACACUGAGCUGCAGGACUUCAGCAGCGCGAAUGUCUCAGGGAAAUUCUCCAUCCUUCUGAAUAUUUGGGGCAAGAGUGAAGGACAGGGAUGGGGUAGCAAAGUGAGAGAGAAGAAGCUGACUGUGCCCAAGGGCUCCGUGCUGGCCUAUAGGAGGAAGCAGCUCUAUUUCUACGAAGAUGAGUGGGGCAUUCACCACAUCGCAGAUGAUGACGAAACCUUUCUAGCAGGAAGAGUGCAGGAAGCCCUUGGGCUGGAUUUCAAGCAGCUGCAAGAGGAGGUUUCCCAGAAAGUAAAAGCUUUCGAGCUCUCAAAGCGCUUGCAUUGUGUUGUGUUCUCCAACCUCCUGGAGAUGCUUGGGGACCGCAAGGCUCUUCAUGACCUCCUGGAGAAGCUUGAACUGGAACCCUUCGGGCAUUUGGAUGGCCCUGGUGGCACCAUCUUAAGGGAACUACGAAAGGAAUCCCGCUAUCUACGGGUUGACUCACAGUUCCUCCUCCUCUACCUUCUUGAAGCCUUAAUGGUGCUGAGUGACAUCCAACUUGGUCUUCUGGCUCAGUCCCUGGAGAAGAGGAUCCUCCUCCCGCAGAGGGACCUGGUGAGGAGCAUCCUGGAGUCCAACUUCAACUGCUCUCAGAACACUCCCUUUACCCUCCAGCCUGAGCUCCUCGCCCCACUUCAGGGGGAGGGCUUGGAUAUCACCUAUGGGCUGCUGGAUGAGUGUGGCCUGCAGAUGGAGCCAAACAGCCCCAGGUCAACCUGGAACCCAGAAGCCAAGGAGCCCCUGUCUGCCCUCUACGGGAUCCUCUCCGUGCUGAAGCAGCUGGCUGAGGCCUGA